ACGCACGGAGAUGACGCAGGCAGUACCGGAAGCCGCUCCCCUGCGAGAUUGCGGACCGUGAGCGGCGGCCGCUGGUCCAGACGCCAUGGCUGCGGAGCGGACCCGGCCGCUGCGAGGAUCUGGCGGCCCGAGCGCGCCUAGUCGGUGUGAAGCCCGCGCGAGGUCCCGGGCCCCGGGGCGCUCGCUCAGGUCAGUGCCGCGUGGAACACGGCUCCGGGAGCCGGGGACCUGGGAGCGACGAACGGGUUGAAAGGAUCUGGAGUUGAUGUUAGAGAUGGGAAAAUUGAACCUUGGAGUUACUGCCUCAGUUUCCUUAGCUGCGAAAUGAGUUAACAGUGAUGUCCCAGGGCUGCCCUGAGUUUGAGAGAUGAAGUGUGGAGAGGUGGUGUAUGAAGUACAAGCGCUGUGCUAAUGUGAGAGACUGCGCCGUAGUUGUGGGUAUGCCAUGGAAACAGGUAAAUUUUUCCAUAACCUUAUGGAGAGAAAGGACUUUGAGACAUGGCUUGAUAACAUUUCUGUUACAUUUCUUUCUCUGACGGACUUGCAGAAAAAUGAAACUCUGGAUCACCUGAUUAGUCUGAGUGGGGCAGUCCAGCUCAGGCAUCUCUCCAAUAACCUGGAGACUCUCCUCAAGCGGGACUUCCUCAAACUCCUACCCUUGGAGCUCAGUUUUUAUUUGUUAAAAUGGCUCGAUCCUCAGACUUUACUCACAUGCUGCCUCGUCUCUAAACAGUGGAAUAAGGUGAUAAGUGCCUGUACAGAGGUGUGGCAGACUGCGUGUAAAAAUUUGGGCUGGCAGAUAGAUGAUUCUGUUCAGGACGCUUUGCACUGGAAGAAGGUUUAUUUGAAGGCUAUUUUGAGAAUGAAGCAACUGGAGGACCAUGAAGCCUUUGAAACCUCAUCAUUAAUUGGGCACAGUGCCAGAGUGUAUGCACUUUACUACAAAGAUGGACUUCUCUGUACAGGGUCAGAUGACUUGUCUGCAAAACUAUGGGAUGUGAGCACAGGGCAAUGUGUUUAUGGCAUCCAGACCCAUACUUGUGCAGCGGUGAAGUUUGAUGAACAGAAGCUUGUCACAGGCUCCUUUGACAACACUGUGGCCUGCUGGGAAUGGAGUUCCGGAGCCAGGACCCAGCACUUUCGGGGGCACACAGGGGCGGUGUUUAGUGUCGACUACAAUGAUGAACUGGAUAUCUUGGUGAGUGGCUCUGCAGACUUCACUGUGAAAGUAUGGGCUCUAUCUGCUGGGACAUGCCUGAACACUCUCACCGGGCACACGGAAUGGGUUACCAAGGUGGUUUUGCAGAAGUGCAAAGUCAAGUCUCUCUUGCACAGCCCUGGAGACUAUAUCCUCUUAAGUGCAGACAAAUAUGAAAUCAAGAUUUGGCCAAUUGGCAGAGAAAUCAACUGCAAGUGUUUAAAGACAUUGUCUGUCUCUGAGGAUAGAAGUAUCUGCCUGCAGCCAAGACUUCAUUUUGAUGGCAAAUACAUCGUCUGUAGUUCAGCACUGGGCCUCUACCAAUGGGACUUUGCCAGUUAUGAUAUUCUCAGAGUCAUCAAGACUCCCGAGAUAGCAAACUUGGCCUUGCUUGGUUUUGGAGAUGUCUUUGCCCUGCUGUUUGACAACCGCUACCUAUAUAUCAUGGACUUGCGGACAGAGAACCUGAUUAGCCGCUGGCCCCUGCCAGAGUACAGGAAAUCAAAGAGAGGCUCAAGCUUCCUGGCAGGCGAAGCUUCCUGGCUCAAUGGACUGGAUGGGCACAAUGACACGGGGUUGGUCUUUGCCACCAGCAUGCCUGACCACAGUAUUCACCUGGUGUUGUGGAAGGAACACGGCUGACGCCAUGAGCUACCACCGCUGACUGACUUUGGGUGCCGGGGCUGCGGGUUUUGAGUGCAACCUCUAUGGCAGCCGACUGCAUGAACCAAAGUUCUCACUUUAUGGUAUCAUCACGCAGUGCACAAUCAUUUAUCUAUGUUUGCCAGGGGGCCAGGGCUCUGGGUGGGGGAGGGCUCAUUUUACUGACAUACAAAUGCAGCAUGCUAACGGGGUACACCAUUGACUUCAUUUGUACUUAGUUAUGUUGGUCAGUAUAAGAGGAUGCAUUUUGGGUUCAUCUUUCUUGAAUAUUGGUUUUAAGUAAAGAAAUUUAAAUGGUUCAUUAAUCUGCUAAUUGGUUGCCUAUAAAAACACAUUCAGUCUCUUAUUAAAGGUUUUUACCAUUGCCCUUUUUUCUUUUGAAGUUGAAGCAAAGGUGCUAUGAUGUUUUACAGCAACUUUCUCACAUGGGGCUUAGCUUUUAUAACAACCAGUGUUACAAAGACCACCAAGUCCUGUGACAUUCAAAAUCUCUCCACCAAAUACCAGUUCUAAAGAAAAUCUGUCUUCCAGUACAAAUCCAGUUCUAUAAAUUGAUUGUAAUGCAUCCUAAGCCCUAGUUCUUGGCAGAGUCAAAGUUGGCCAUGACUGAGAUGUGAAGGAGUUCUGUUGCCUUUGUUUUCAUCUGGAGCAAGACUGGUCCUCAGUCCCCCUCUGCCUAGGUGACUGCACAGAGGUGAUGUGGUGUAGUGGAAAAUUGAAGACUGGCUCUGUUACCUAGGAACCCUGGACCCCCAAGCAUAUCACUGCCCUGGGCCCAGUUUUCACUGUCUGAAUAGCUAGUUGUUAAGCUAAGUGAUUUGUAAGAUUCUUUCUGGUCCUGCAUCUACUGAGUUGUGCAAAAGUUGAUAUUUUCGUUUUGUCUGAUUCCCGAUUCAUUGUUUCUUUGAAGUUGGAGAUAAUAUAUAAAUGAAAUCACUGAUACAACGUUGUCAUCUCUAAGGAAAUCAAAUGUGUGAAAAGGAUGACUAAAAGGAGAAUGUAGAAAAUACAAUGUAUUCCACUUAGAAGAUGUAAAUAAUUGGUGGCAGAAAUGCUGAUAGUUGUGGUUCUGUAGAGAGGCAAUGUUCUAUAUUAGAAAGAUACCUGACCCUGACUUUUCUUCUUCCUUUGCCUCUAACUUGAUGUGUGGCCUCAGGCAGGUUAACUUUCUGUCCCUGGGCCCUCAUUUUUUUAAAUCUUUACAAUGAAGGAAUUGCCUUAGAUUAGGGUUCACAAACACCUGCCCAGGGGAGUUAUGUAGAUAACAUAAAUGAGUGAAGCAUGCUGGGUAGCACUGUGCUGAACCGCGGAAAGCUUAUCGAACGGGGCAGUUACUCAGCUCAGGUGUUAGGCAGAAACGAGCCCAGUGUUGGCAGGUCUUCUAAUUUUUCAGGCGGAAGUAGAAAUCUAGAAUUUUAUUGGAAAUUUCCUGAUUUUAAAAACGUUGACAACUAAUUGAAGAUAAUUUAAAAGGCAGUGGGCUAAACAAACCGUGUCUCCGGGCUGCCAGUUGGUGUCCUCCACCCUCUCAUUCUUGUGAAGUUAAAUAGUGUGAUUCAGCAGUGGAAAUGUUUUAACAUAAUUGUCUGGCCAUUUGACUGUCGCAUUGUGUUACAGGGGAGUGAGGGAGGCAUAUUUCAUUCACAGACAGGAAAGUAGUUUAAAGAUGAGCAUAAGAACUGGGACCUCCUUGAGAGCCUCGGCCCCAGGAAUAAGAAUACUCAUUCUCCGCUGACUGUAAUAUAAGACAUAUCCAUGUCAAGUGGGGAAAGGGGUUCCCAGUGGGCUGGGAAUGACGCAGACUCCAGGGGGACACAGCUUGCCCAGAACCCGCGUUAGCAAGAGCCUGACAAUGGACGGCCGACACAGUGAAGUUUAGAGAAUUGAUGGUUGGUUUCAAGGACAGGUUGAUGUCCAUGUUGACACUCUGAAGGGAUUAGGUAAAAGUAGUAACUUCCUCCAUCACCCAGUCCAUCUCUUACUGAAUUCUGAGUGUGAGCUCGGUUUGGCCCUCCAAGACAUGGAACCUGAAUUGCAGCUAGAAUCUGUUUUGCAAGAGCCUCAGGAGACUGGGCAAUGAUGAGGGUAAAUGACUUAUUCCAUCUAUUGCUGGCUAAACAAAUAACAGAUUACUGAUUUCAUGACCAUCCCUAUUCCCACCUCACUUUGAGAUAUAUUCAGUAGCUUCAAAGAGCAAGUGAUUCAUCAUAAUAGCUAUUUGUGGCAAAAGAUUUCUUUUUGGAAAUGACAAACCUGAAACUUGUAUGUUGUGUCCCCCUUCCGUGGUCAGUGUGAAUAUUGAAGUUAUCAGGGUGGUGUUUAGUGCGGCCGAUGUUGACAGCAGUCCUUGAGGCAGGGAUUGAAGUCCUAACUUCGAGUGCUCCUCACAGCGGCCUUCAGUGCACCAGAGCAUUUUAUUUAAUUGCUUUAUAGAUGCUAUAUUUAGUCAUACUACUGCCAGCUUUUGUGAAACAUCCUUUAAAAAGAUAAAGUGGAGAGUCAGCGAAAGAAGUGGCCAAGGGGUAAAGAGCUGUAGUUGCUUAGGCCUCCUUUCACUGAGUUGGGGGCUGCCUCUCAUAUGCACUCACGUCUGCUUCCUGGGCUCUGAGCGGUGGGAAUUGCCUUUGCCCCUUCUUCUGUGAAUAUUCUCAUUUUUGAAAAAUUCCAAAGUCAUGAGCAGAUGGACUCUAUCCACCUCUAUGCACAUUGGAUAUCUUGAAUGACACUGAUUCUGGUCAAGUGAAGGGCUUCUCUUGGGUUCAUACAGGUACCGUAACAACCCAGGAUCCAGGGUGUAGGCGUCCAGGACAGCUGAGUGAGUGGGAGGGUUUUAGCAGACUUUGUUCCCAUUGCAAAAGAAGGUAGUUUCCUUGGGUCCUAUUGUUUGAAGGAGUCAUUGUUAUCCAAACUGGUCCUAACCUGACUUUCAGACCCAGCAGAGAAAUAGAAGACUUCCUCUAGGGAGGGGCUCAACGUUGAAGAAGCUCUGAAGGAAGGUUCACAUAUUUGGAUAGCUUCUCAUGAGUGGAAGGCGGGGGAUAUUGCUGUGAAACGUUAAGGUUUGCACCUCAUUUUUCAUAGUCUAAAAAUUGUUCUGGCCAUUGGAAACGCUUAGUGUAAAGUGUGAAUGAGGAUUAUGUAAUUAUGCUAGUAUUUGCUCUCAGGAGAAUGAUUACUGUCUGUAUUUAUAAAAUAUCUUAGGGAGAAAAGAAAUAUAUUUGGAAGCAGUGUUAUUUUAGACGUGAAGAAAUUGUUUCUGUUAGAUUAGACAUUUUGCCCAAACAAAAGUAGCUGAGGAUAGUGGAGUCCGGCUUUACUUGCUUUGGCCAAACCUAGCCAGCUAGCUCCUUCAAGUUAUGAUUGUGUGUCCUGGCUUCCUGGGAGUCCGGAGGUGUGUCUUCCCUCCAUCACUUUUAGCUUUCUGUGCCUCCUUCUCUGGGCUUCUUGCAGACCUAGGUGUCUGAUUCACUUGCCUUUCUCUGUGGGGAAGUGUGCAGAAUCUCAUUGCUGCUCCAGAAUGCAUCUCUGGGCAGGGCAUACUCACCUUUGCCUUUAGGGACACGGAGCUGUCAGGAUAGGGGAGAAGCCCUUUUAGGUCUGUCCCCUUGACACAACCUUUGUAUCUGAUUUUGCUGGUGUUUGCCAGGAUAUUUAAGACAACCAAGACACUGUUGAGAACUCAUUCCCCAGAUGGAGUGUCUGAUGAAAGGAACGCGUUAGCAUUCCUGACAGAAAUACCCACUUUGGCAGGGUCUCUGGCCAGACUAACCUCUGUUCCCAUGCCUACUCCAGGAAAGUGAGUUUUUUUCAGGAUAAGUCCUCAAAUGGAUGACUGGAUAGUCUUGUGCCACUCCCAUCAGCCUAAUCAGACUGAAGGAUCAUGCUCCCUGCAAAAAGGUGUUUUGCUGUCAGGUUGUUGCAAUGUGUUUCCAGUCUUCUGUAGGUGGUUUCCUUGCUUAAAGUUAUUGCUACAGUCCUGACCAGUGUAAACCCACUUAAUUAUUAGUAGCUGAAAGAAUCAGCUACUUCUGCUCUUUGGGAAUGUGCUCAAAUAAAAAUGUUUUUGCAUAUUUUAACCAGGCAAAUCAUUAAUUCAGUUGCUACAAACUCAACAGUUUUUUGGAGUCCCUGUACUCACACUGUGAACAGAUAUAUUUCACUAAUCUAGAUGUAGUACUCUUGAUGAGAAGGCUCAGGUUUAAAAAGGCUGGCCUUGCUAAUCCAACAUCUAUAGCCACUUGGUCGAAUUCAUCAACUCAUGUUUCACUAAUUUGAUGUGUGUUGUGAUCUAGGGGGAAUGAGGUGACAUUUAUAUUUGAACUGUCUGUGGGUUGGGAGAGUAGGGAUUGCUUAAACAACUAGGGGAGUGAUUGUGGUACAAGGUGUCUCUAUAAGAUGAGACGUUAUUUUCAUGAAUCUUAGAACUUUCUUUUACCCAUGAGUGAUCGUGCUAACUAUAAAUCAUUUAUAUCUAUACAUUAAAACAGGUUCCUCAAUUAGGCAACAUUCAGUAGCCAAGCCCAAGUUAUUGUUUGUACUUGAAAGUAAUAAAACUGCAUUUCCUUGAAAAUA